AUGAAGCUGCAGAACUGCAAUUCACUUCUCUUGCGGAAGGUGAAGACAUGGAUUUCUUAUGAUUCCGGUGCUGAUCAGAGAUGCAUAUUUUCCGAGAUGACAUUCUUGCCACAGGCUAUGUAUGACAAUAAUGGUCACUUAAGUCAUAAACAAUAUGUUCUGACUCUUCUUGACAAGACUAAUAUGCUUAAUGCUAAAACAGUGUUGACAUCCAUUAUUGUUGCUAAUGCUCAUGAUACAUCUCCACCACCUGCUUUUGCUGAUCAUCGGCUCUACAGAAUUACAGCUGGAAGGAAAAAAAAAUCAGUCUCCAGGUCUAGCAAUGAAGCUGAAUACAGGGCAGUGGCAGAGGCUAUUUCUGAAAUUGUUUGGGUUCAAUCUCUGCUACAGCAUGUUGAAAUUGCAUUUCAUUUUGUCGGAGGGUUGGUGACUGCCGCACUUCAAGUAAGACAAAUAUUAACUAAGGAUCAAACUGCUGAUACGUUAACCAACGCAUUAACUGCUUCUAGAUUUUUAGAUCUAUGUCUCAAGCUUAAUGUCAUUGUUCCAGUGAACAAGUCAAUAAGUCUUGAUGUCAUGUUUGGUGGUAUAGAAAUAGUUGCAUGUGCAAUUGAGUGGACCAUGGCUGAGCUAAUGAAAUGCCCACAAGAUCUAUCAAAAGUCCAACAGGAACUAGAAUCGUUGGUAUUGACAUAUGUAAAAUUUGCUGUUAGAGAGACACUUCGACUACACCCACCAAUACCGUUACUCUUCCAUGAAACAUCCGAAUAUGCAGAGAUUGAUGGGUACAAGAUCAUGAUGGGUUCUCGAGUUAUGAUAAAUAAGUCCUUCGGGUGCAGAUUAAUCUUCAGAAGACCUCCAAGUGCAGUAAUUUCUCAAAAAUCUUCAGGAAAAGCAGAUUUGGAUGAGGAAAAUGAGAUUAUUGGAGAAGAUGUAUUAGGAUUUGAAGUUGGUGCAGUGGAGGAUGAGGCAGGGGAGGAUGGCAAAAUUCAUUAUGAUUAG